AUGCAUCCAUACAACAUCAAAUUCUUUGAUUACACGGUUUCAGAUUUGAUAAAGACCAUUCAUUUCAACAAAUUUAAAAGUCCCUUAGUUGCCGACUAUAACUUCACUGAUUUGAUCAAAUGUUUUGAAGAACAAAAGAAGCAUCAUCAAAUGGAGGCAGAUCGUCUAAAUGGUUCACCGUGUUACGUCAAUCUACAAUCGCAACAUAUUGAAGAUCAGUACUUGUAA